AGAGAGAGAAAGAGAGAGAGGGACUUGAGUUCUGUUAUCUUCUCAGUAGAUUCAUAUAGUAAGGGUCUCAGAGGGGGUGGGGGGUUGGCAAAAUCCUGGAGCCAGAAGAGAGGACAGCAGCAUUGAUCAAUCUUACAGCUAACAUGUUGUACCUGGAAAACAAUGCCCAGACUCAAUUUAGUGAGCCACAGUACACGAACCUGGGGCUCCUGAACAGCAUGGACCAGCAGAUUCAGAACGGCUCGUCGUCCACCAGCCCCUACAACACAGAUCACGCACAGAACAGCGUCACGGCGCCCUCGCCCUAUGCGCAACCCAGCUCCACCUUUGACGCCCUCUCGCCCUCGCCCGCCAUCCCCUCCAACACCGACUACCCGGGCCCACACAGCUUCGACGUGUCUUUCCAGCAGUCGAGCACCGCCAAGUCUGCCACCUGGACGUAUUCCACUGAACUGAAGAAGUUGUACUGCCAAAUUGCCAAGACAUGCCCUAUCCAGAUCAAGGUGAUGACUCCACCUCCUCAGGGCGCUGUCAUCCGUGCCAUGCCUGUCUACAAGAAAGCCGAACAUGUCACUGAGGUGGUAAAGCGGUGCCCCAAUCAUGAACUGAGCCGUGAAUUCAAUGAGGGACAGAUUGCCCCUCCUAGUCAUUUGAUUCGAGUAGAAGGGAACAGCCAUGCCCAAUAUGUAGAAGACCCCAUCACAGGAAGACAGAGUGUGCUGGUACCUUAUGAGCCACCCCAGGUUGGCACUGAAUUCACGACCGUCUUGUACAAUUUCAUGUGUAACAGCAGUUGUGUUGGAGGGAUGAACCGCCGUCCAAUUUUAAUCAUUGUUACUCUGGAAACCAGAGAUGGGCAAGUUCUGGGCCGACGCUGCUUUGAGGCCCGGAUCUGUGCUUGCCCAGGAAGGGAUAGAAAGGCGGAUGAAGACAGUAUCAGAAAGCAGCAAGUUUCGGACAGCACAAAGAAUGGUGAUGGUACGAAGCGCCCUUUCCGUCAGAACACACAUGGUAUCCAGAUGACAUCCAUCAAGAAACGAAGAUCCCCUGAUGAUGAACUGUUAUACUUACCAGUGAGGGGCCGUGAGACUUACGAAAUGCUGCUGAAGAUCAAAGAGUCCCUGGAACUGAUGCAGUACCUUCCUCAGCACACAAUUGAAACAUACAGACAGCAGCAACAACAGCAGCACCAGCACUUACUUCAGAAACAGACCUCGAUGCAGUCUCAGUCUUCAUACGGUAACAGCUCCCCACCUCUGAACAAAAUGAACAGCAUGAACAAGCUGCCUUCCGUGAGCCAGCUUAUCAACCCUCAGCAGCGCAACGCCCUCACUCCCACCACAAUUCCUGAUGGCAUGGGAGCCAACAUUCCUAUGAUGGGCACCCACAUGCCAAUGGCUGGAGACAUGAAUGGACUCAGUCCCACCCAAGCCCUCCCUCCCCCACUCUCCAUGCCAUCCACCUCCCACUGCACCCCCCCACCUCCGUAUCCCACAGAUUGCAGCAUUGUCAGUUUCUUAGCAAGGUUGGGCUGUUCAUCAUGUCUGGACUAUUUCACGACCCAGGGGCUGACCACCAUCUAUCAGAUUGAGCAUUACUCCAUGGAUGAUUUGGCAAGUCUAAAAAUUCCUGAGCAAUUCCGCCAUGCAAUCUGGAAGGGCAUCCUGGACCACCGGCAGCUGCAUGAUUUCUCCUCACCUCCUCAUCUUCUGCGGACCCCAAGUGGUGCCUCUACGGUCAGUGUGGGCUCCAGUGAGACCCGGGGUGAGCGUGUUAUUGAUGCUGUGCGAUUCACCCUCCGCCAGACCAUUUCAUUUCCACCCCGAGAUGAGUGGAACGACUUCAACUUUGACAUGGAUGCUCGCCGCAACAAGCAACAGCGCAUCAAAGAGGAAGGGGAGUGAGCCCCCGUCAUGUGGGAUCUUUCUGUCCUCUUCCCACCUGCCCACUUCCUUGCAAAGCACUCCUGCUUGAUCUUCAAAGAAUUUUCCCCCUAGCUCCUCCCCUUCCUCUUCUCAAUCUGAUAUCUUAGUGGAAGGGGAAGUAAGAGGCCACCUCUUACUUAACAUCUGACUUGGUGUAUGAUUCUGAUUCUGGCUUUAAGCCUUCAAAACUAUAGCUUUCAGGACUGAAGCUGCCAUGGUUAGGUAGAAGUGAGCAAAAAAGAGGUGGGUGUCUCCUUAAGCUGCCUAGAUUUCUCAUUGACUUUUAUAAAGCAUUUUCAUCCUUAUAGUCUAAGACUAUAUAUAUAAAUAUAUAUAAUAUACAGUAUAUAUUUUUGGGUGGGGGGCAUUGAGUAUUGUUAAAAUGUAAUUUAAAGGAAAGAAAUUGAGUUGCACUUAACGACUUUUUUUUUUAUCUUGUUUUGGAUGGCUUGUUUUUUAUACACCUUCUCUCAAGGGGUAUUAUGUAUGGUGAUAGGUAUUUAGAGCUUAAUGAUACCUGUGACAAUGUUAUAUAGGUCCUUUCAGUUCUUUGGAUGGUAAACACAUGCCACAUCAAACCUUUGAAUAGAUUGUUUUAUUUACCAUUGCUUAUUAUGUGGGUGAGACUGUAUAUAUGUACACUUUUCUCAAUGUUGGUGUAUUUUAUAUUACUGACAUCCCUUUUAGUGAUGGUGGUUCACUUUGGGGUUAUUUAAUCCAAAAAUAAGAAAAAGUUCAUGUUCACAUUAUUAGUCACUAAAGGAAAGGACACGCCCUAUCUUGUUUUUGGUUGGGAAUGAGAAAUGUAGGUCAAGGCUAAAAUUCUUAAAAGGUCGACAGAAGCCAUUUCAAAAACACCUAGUGUCAUGUACCUGGGCUUAACAGUAAUGCCCUUAAAUUUAAUACCAGAAACCUUAUCUUAUAGUAUUUAUGGAAAAAACAUCUGCUGCCAUUACAGAGGUCUUAAAAUUAAAUUUCACUACUAGAUUGACCAUCUCAAAUACACAUUUGCUACUGUUGUAAGAAUUCAGGUU